GGUGUAUUGGUUUGCUCGCUGUCCAUUGCAACAUCGGGCCAGACCACUCCUCUUUGCCUUGGCCCUCCCCGUUCAUGUCUCGUUCUCUCCUCCACCUUCACCGCUCGCGCAGAUUCGGCAACCUGGGAUGCGACGGUCAGCCCGGCAGCGAGGCAAAGGAACGGCGGUGCCGGUGGGUAGGGAGGGAGCGAGGACGCGCGCAUCAUCAUCGCUCUCCAUGGCCGACGGCGACCCAGAGACUAGGUAUGUUUUCCAGAUCUCAAAAUCACACCAGUGAAUGGAAGGCAUCGGGGCAGUUCUGUUCGUGUGAAGGAUGGAGUAGCGGAGGUUGGGCUUGGUCUCAUCGGAGCUGCUUCGUAGGAGGGGUAGUAGCGCGGGGGAGGGGGGAGGAGGAAGGGGGGUUGUGCUCGUCGGAGCUGCUUCGUAGGAGGGGGAGUAGCGCAGGGUGGGGUUGGGCUCGUCGGAGCUGCUAGGCAGGAAGGGAUGUUUCCGGUGAUUUUUGGGUGCUGCGUUUUGUGUUUGACGGUGGUGUUCGUCGGCGUUGGCUGGGGGCGCAGGGUGUUCAGUUUGGGUUCAGUUUGCUUCAGUUUACUAGGGGCGGAAUUUUGCAACUGGAACUAACAGUUACAUUGCAGCACAAUCCAAGGCUUCAAACUUACCAUUUUUUGGGCAUCCCCAAUGCGCUUGUACAGUAGGUUGCGUGUUGUGCUAUGUGUAGUUACUUGGUUCAGAUAUAAAUGCAGAUUGCAGCACCUCCUUUUUUCUGAAUUCUGUGAUUUACAGUAGGUUUCAUGUGUGCUAUCUGUAGAUACCCUGGUUUACUAGUCUCAAAUUCCAGAUGUACAGUAGGUUUUUCAUGUCUAUUUUGUUGUUAGUUGUAUUGCAGCACAAUAUUUUCUCUUCUCAAAUUUCAGAUGUACGGUAGGUUUUCAUGUCAAUUUUUGUUAGCUGUAUGACAGCACAAUAUUUUUUCUUCAGAAUGUAGUAUAGUGAACUAGUUAUUGUUAGAAUAUAGUGAUGUUCAGAUCAGUUUUUCCGAUGUAGUGUAGUGAACUAUCUACUGUAGGAGUGGAAAUUGCAAUGGUACUCCUUUGUUUUGUCUUUACAUUCAGCCUCGUGGAUUUUUUUCCCUUUUCCUUGCUUUCUUUUUUGCAGCAUGGAGGAUGAUGAAUAUACGGCUGAUGGGUCAUUCUCAACCCAUUUCUCACCCACUCGGUUGCGGCAGGUUGCAGAUAGUCAGUCCAAGAAGAAGAAGGAAGUUAUAAGCAAAUGCAGCUUUGGUUCCCUCUUGAAUAUCAACUCUUUCUCUGUGCCGGCUGAUCUGCUCGAUUGGGUAGUCAUAAAAAUUGACCCAGAAAUGGCGUUGUUUAGUCACAAAAAGAAGUCUAUAUUGUUUACAAAAGACAUGGUGCGAAAAAAAAAAUUAAUGUCCCAUCUGGGUCAAGGCCAGUGGAGUUGUUGAGGAGGAAUGAGCCACACGUGCUCCGUGAACCUCACCGAGUAGGGUCAAGGGCUCCAAUGAAGCAUUGUAUUCAAGUGCUCAAGGAUGUAGAGGAUGAUGAUGUUGUUAGUAUAAAUAGGACAUGGCUGCUAUUAUGUAUGGCUCUUGUGCUAUCUCCUGGGACUGGCAACAUGGUACCCCUAGAGUAUCUUGCGAGUUUGGUGGACAUGGACAAGAUUGAUGAGUUUGCAUGGGAUGGGCACUUCUUGGUUGUUGUGUUAAAGGAGGUGAAGAAGUACCAACGGAAGAGGGAGGCAGGGAAACGUGGCUUUUGGAUCGGCGGUUGUCUGCCAAUGUUUGCGAUAAUUUAUAUGGACUUUGUCUAUGUGACUCGGGUGUUGGUUUCGGAGCAUAGAAUUGACUACUCUCUCCCAAGGGCAUGUUUUGUAUGCAACAAAGACUUCGAUUUGGUAGAAGAAAUUGAUAAGAACAAGCUCAAACUUGAUAAGAUUGAAUUUGGGAAACGGAAUCUUCGUCGUUUGCCAGAGACGCCAUAUGUAUCUCUUGAGGGCUACAAUGAAGCUGAUCGCGAGAACAACACUGCGGAGGGAGCUAGUGGAGAUGCAAACAUUCCCGAGAUACCUCCAAGCAAACCAGUCAUGGAUGGGAGCGAGAUUGGUGGCGAUGUGUGUGGGUCUCUAGAUGAGUGGCUGCACCCACUGCCUUCAAGUCAAGAAUUGGUAACGAGGCUCCUGCCACCGAGACCUUCAGAAGCACCACCACUUUCACCUUCGGGCUUCCCUGCGUGGACACACUGGAAAACCCGCCUGAUAAGUGUCGGAGGACCCUUCUUUUGGCUGUUUUUAGAAGCACUUAUGCGCGUGCCAAAGCCCAUCUUGAAUGCAUAUUCAUUGUACAAUGUUUUGGCAUCGUCAACAGAGUCAAACUCCAUGCCAACAUAGGGCAUAAGUGGCUGAGAUGAAAUCUCAUUAUCCUCUUGAUCAUCAUCAUACAUUGCAGCAGUUGAGUUGUGCCCGACAUCUGAAUUUAUCUCUCCAUUUGCCGCAACAUGCGGUUGUGCAUAGCUCUCCUCACCUCCUGUCCUUUCACCAGCACCCUAUAAGUGCAACAAAAGUCAAUAGUACAUUAGGAAUGUUUUUAUUCUAUGCAACAGUAUAUAAAUGCUCAAUCGUAUCAGCUUUUUUACAUUAUCCAGAUUGGAACAUACUAGUACCAAUUUCAUAAUGUUUCUUGAAUUUUCCAACAAGAACAUUCUCUAUCUACUAUACCAUUGGAAACAUCAACUUAAUGAAACUGAACUUUCUGAAAUUGAGUGCAACACUUUGAACUUU